GCCCCCAGCAGUGAAACGGAGAUUUCCCAGAACCAAAAUAGACAGAAGCCUAAUCGACAGCCAAGAGACAACAUGGAAGAAGAGUCGCCGGAGAUCUUAUUGAAAUUGGAGAGAAAUGGGAUUGUGAUCCCAUUGAGUUUAACGUCCGUUAGAGAACUCAGUCCUAGUAGUUUUGUCUCGAUCUGCGCUCAGUGUCUGAACUUGAUUGAUGAUUCGGCUUCAAUCCCCAUUUCUCUGCCUUCGGAACCAGAAUCAGAGCGCGUCAGGAUCUGUACGGAUAUCUCAUCGGCAGUUAGGAAUCUGGGUUACGCAGGAGAUAUCACCUUCGACAAGUUCCUGGACCCAUCUGAAGAGGACCUUUAUAACUUGAUAAGGUUCAUGGCACAGAGGAUUUCUGAGUCUUCUGAAACGGGAAGAAUUGCUGACACGAAAAAUAACAGCAAACUAGGAGAUUAUAACUUGAGAAGCUCUUUGGGAGGCUCAUCCAAAAGGCCAGAUGAUAUCCACUUGGGUGGCCAAACUUCUUACGAAUCAAAAGAAACCAAUGUAACUACCGCUGCUAAUCUGUCCAGCUCCAGCAAGGAAGAUUUAAGCAAGGAUGAACUGACUUAUACAUCAAAUGAAAAGGAUUUGAGCAAAGGACUAGUUAAUUCUAUAGGUGAUUCAGUUGGAAAUGAAGAAACGGAUGCUCAUAUUGGCAAUGAUAUGCCAGUGUUAAAACUAAAGACAAGAAUUGAAUCUGAGAAAGUACAAAAUCUAGACAAAGCAGUGAUAGAUGAUCUGAUUGCAAUGCCUUCAGAGCUAGAGCAUCUUGAACAAGAAUUGGAUCUGACAACUGUAGCAGCUGAAAUGGUGUUGAAUGACCAACAUUCUGUUGACUUUUAUGUUGACCAGCUCAAUGAACAACUACAAUCGAAAAGAAAUUCCUUUUUGACGUUAGAGUCAGAGUGGGAUGCUGUUAGAAAACCUUUGGAAGAGAAAAGGAGAGGUCUCCAGGAGUCUCUAUUUUCAAACAUUCCCGAAGCACAGGAAAUGCUCCAACAGUUGACGGAAGUUGAGCAGGAAGAGCAGUCCAUUUUGUCUGAAAUUAAAAAGCGAGAUGAAGAAUAUUCAAAACUUUCUGCAGAUCUUGGGAAGCAGCCAAAAGUGGCGUCUAGGAAAUCCUAUGUUGAACGAAUCAAGGAGAUCACAAAAAAUAGUCGCAAACAGGAUGCUGAUAUUCAGCGGAUCUUGAAAGAAACUAGGGAGGUUCAAUUAGAGAGUAAUUCUAUCCAGGAACGCUUGCAUCGAACAUAUGCUGUUGCAGAUGAAAUUAUCUUUAGGGAAGCAAAGAAAGACCCUAUGGGACGGCAAGUUUAUAGGCUCCUCACUAGCAUCCACGAAAGUUUUGAGCAGAUGUCUGAGAAAAUUCUGGCAACAGAUAGAAUUCAGAGAGAAGUAGCCGAGUAUGAAAUGAAACUAGCAGUUAUGGCUUCUAGAAAUUUAGAUGCGGACAAAAAAAGUGCUGAUCUUGAUGCUAGCCUGAGGCAACCGUUGGGAUAAAUGAUUUUGUUCGUUAAGAAAUUCUUCCAGAUUUCAAUUACAAUAUUAUUUGGAUGUCUGCGAGAGGCCUUCCUGUUUUGUUCGUAGGUUUUGUCCAUUAUGAGUUCCCAUAUCUUUAAAUGUAAGUUCUAAAUAGCAAGAUUAUUUUUGUUGGAUAUUCAUCAUAUGUCUAUGAAUUAUAAAUUGUUUAGUUGAUCUUGAA